CAAACACCGAUCUCUAGUUGAUACCAUACUUACGAUGUAGUUAGGAUUUUUGUUCAUUGAACGGUAUCUCGAAACAGUGCAGCACUAUGAUUUGAUUGAUAUUAUGGAGAAAAAAAACGUUUAUAUGAACGCUGAUUUUCAUUGCUGACCAGCAGGUGUCCCAUAUCUACAUUGUGUUAAUCUCCGAGUAAUGAACCGUUUCUCCGCUUUUCGGCACAGUUUGUUGAAGCCCCAAAGGUUUUAGAAAGCCACCGUUUCACAUUACUAGUGACGUAUGCUCUUCAUUAGUAUUAUCGCAACUUCACUGAAAGGGUAGAAAACUGCUGAAAGGUCACUCACGGCAAAGUCCAUCCAAAAUAAAUUGGUGAGUCAGACACGCAGAAAUCGAGAGGCCACAGCAACAGGAGGAAAAACAUAAAAAGAGAGAGGAAGAUAAAAAAGUGGGAUAUGGAGACGACGUCAUCACUAAUAAAGUCUGUGACCAGGCGGGUGUGGUCGUCGGCCCCUGCCCAUCAGAGACCAUUCAGGGUGUGUUCCCAUGACAGGGGCACCAGGAAGGGCAUCACAGCAGGAACCCUGGAGGAGCUGAGAGAGAGGGUGUGCCAGGCCAAGAUGCUGUGUUUGUCCAGUCUGGCUGUGGUGCUGGUGUGUGAGGAGGAUGGGACAGUGGUGGACUCUGAAGACUUACUGAUGUCUUUGCCAGACAACACAGUCCUCAUGGCCCUGGAACCUGGACAGACAUGGAAAACUCCUCCGGGUACAACGCUCUCUAAAGCCCAAGACCCCACCCAGCCGCGGACAGGAAAGGAUAUAGCCCGCGUGACCUUUGACCUGUACCGGCAGAACCCCAAGGACGUGUUUGGCUCCCUGAACGUAAAGGGCACCUUCUCAGGCCGGUACUCCGUCAGCGCCGACUUCAAAUGUCUGGGGCCCAAGAAAGUCCUCAGAGAGGCCCUCCGCGUGGCCUCCACUCUCCUCCAGGCAGCAGGUCACAUGUUGAUCACCUCAGCUAAUCUGAUCAAGCGGCUCAUCGAGGGAGCAGAGUUCUGGCAGCCCCAGAGGGCGGAGGUUGCAGAGUACUGAAACUGAGACAGUUGAGGCUGUAAUUAAGGCUUUUGAGGCUAGAAUUGAGUAUGUACAGGUCCAAUCUUAACACGAGCUCAAGUUAGGACAUGGCCCUAUAAAAGUAUUGCUCUAGGAUCAAUGAAGAAGAGAAGAGAUUCGAUGUUUAUUAAAGCUGAACACAACAACCACACUUGUAGUAAUACCAAUUGCUGCAGCGCAACAUUCCUAUUUGUCUGUUGAAUUUUAAAUACUGUACCAUGUGUAUGAUAGCGUGAUGCAAGGUUGUGAUGAAUCUAUGUGUAGAAAGACAAUUACUCAAAUGGGUGUGUUGUAAAAUAGGAUGUAUCUAUUUCUAUAAAUCUUGGGAAUUUCCUAUGAAAGUAAGGAAUCGAAUUUUAAAAAAAAGAGUAGGCAUACAUUUUUGACUUUCUUUGUAGUUUCUAAUCACUGUCUCAUCUUGUGUUCAAUAAAUGCUUUCAGUUGUUACAUUCA